ACAGCACGUCAGUCGUAUAUAAACAAGUCUUUCCUAAUCAAACUUUCCCACAAGUCCAAUACAAAGUCAUCAUUUCCCCACAACCACAACCCACCAAUCAUUUCCAUCAUCAAUGGCUUCCUUUUCUUCUUCUUCUUCUUCCGUCGUUACCUCUUAUGUUCUUCUUCUUCUUCUUCUCCCGCUGGUCGCUGCCAGUCUCAGAUACCCUGCGGCGGCCACUUCACCAAGGAAAAAUAGUAACGGCAACGUUGGAGGAGGAGGGCAAGCCGCGAGGCUAAUCCGAUCGCUGAAUUUGUUCCCUAAGCACGGCUCAAACGUCAUCGUACUCAACGACGAUGAAAGUGAUCAACGGCUCUCAUCCAUCGACGACCUGCCGGCUGCCGGGAUCACGGAGAAGAAAUUGAGCUUCAACGUUACCGGCGGCGCCGGCGGCGAGUCGGUUGAGGAGUUGGGUCACUAUGCUGGUUACUAUUCCCUUCCUCGAACCAUAGGCGCCAGGAUGUUCUAUUUCUUCUUCGAAUCAAGGAGUAGUGUGAACAAGAGCAAGGCCCCAGUUGUGAUAUGGCUGACUGGUGGGCCUGGUUGCAGCAGUUCACUGGCUUUGUUCUAUGAGAAUGGGCCGUUUCAUAUUACUGACUCUUUGGGCCUUCAGUGGAAUGACUACGGUUGGGACCAGGCAUCGAAUAUUUUGUUCGUGGAUCAGCCAAUAGGGACAGGGUUUAGUUACACAACCUCCGAAUCCGACAUUCGUCGUAAUGAGACUGGUGUUAGCAACGAUUUAUACGACUUCCUACAGGAAUUCUUCAAGGGUCAUCCACAAUUUGUUAAUAAUGACUUCUAUGUAACUGGAGAAUCGUACGCUGGUCAUUAUAUUCCGGCUCUUGCUUCUCGUAUUUAUAGAGGAAACAAGAACAAUGAGGGAAUUCACAUCAAUCUUAAGGGAUUCGCUAUUGGGAAUGGGCUAACUGAUCCUGAAAUCCAGUACAGAGCAUACCCAGAAUUUGCUCUGGCUACACAACUCAUUACACAGUCUGAUCACGACACCUUGGCCCAGCUCGUUCCCACUUGCCAAUCUUCCAUCAAAGCUUGUGGUUCAAAGGGUGGAAAAGCAUGCACCGAUGCCUAUUUCAACUGCGAGGACAUAUUCAAUCAGCUUAUGAACCUAGUCGGCUCCAUCAACUACUAUGAUGUCAGGAAGCAAUGUGAGGGCUCGUUGUGCUACGACUUCUCCAGAGUGGAGCAAUUGCUAAGCGACCAAUCUGUGAAGGAAUCAAUUGGGGUGAAAGGCAUAGAUUUCGUGUCGUGCAGCGACGACAUCCAUCAGGCCAUGAUCGGAGACUACAUGCUGGACUACGAGCUCGGAAUUCCCGAGCUCCUGGAAAAUGGGAUCAAGGUGCUCAUCUAUGCCGGAGAAUAUGACCUCAUUUGCAAUUGGCUAGGGAAUUGGAAUUGGGUACACGCAAUGAAAUGGUCAGGACAAGAACAAUUCGAUGGAGCUUCCACGGUGGCUUUUAUGGUGGGAAGCGCAAAGGCAGGGGAGCUGAAAGGGUAUGGGCCUCUCCAUUUCUUGAAGGUUUACAAUGCGGGCCACAUGGUGCCAAUGGACCAGCCCAAGGUGGCCCUGGAGAUGCUGCAGAGUUGGAUGCAAGGCCGACUUGGUGCUGUUUAGUUAAUUAAAAAAAUGUCAAAUCAAUAUCCAUUCAGUUGAAUAUUCUUUUCUGAUAAAAGGGUUUAGUAAUGACUAGUAAAAAUGUGGUGACAAUUCUAUUUAUGCACAAUGGUAUGGAGGUGAGUUGUGGA